AUGUUACUUCUCUGGAGUGGAUAUCCCAUUACGGGUGUCACUAUGUUGUCCAUGGGGAUGAUAUCACCUCGGACAGUGACGGCAAUGACUGUUAUCGUUGGCCGUAUGCUUCUGUGCACAAAGACGCACUUUAUCAAGUCUCUCCUAGCCUACGUAACCGGCAAGGAGGGUUCUGGUACCCCGGAAGAAAUGGAGGAGGCCGGGAAGAGUCAUUUCCAAAGAAUUAAGGAUUACGCCACAGACCAGACCGGCCUGCGUCCAGGUCCAGAAGUCUGGCACUGGAACGGCCCGUCCGCUCUAAGUACACGUGCCGCAUCCGGAAUCCAAGAAGAGUUACAGCUGUUGGUGGAAGGUGUAAAACCAAAGCCAGGACAGAAGAUUGUAUAUGUCGACGGCGGCUUUGACUUAUUUUCGUCUGGCCACAUCGAGUUCCUGCGCUGCGUGCACUCCGUAGAAGAAGAGGAGGGAAUUGCCCGAGGAUGGUUUCAUCCAGACCAGGCUGCUCUAAGAAUAAAGGAACACGGGGAAGAUUACGGUCCCGCAUAUAUUGUGGCCGGUGUUCAUGACGACGAAGUAAUCAACCGCUGGAAAGGCUUGAAUUAUCCAAUCAUGAAUAUCUUUGAACGUGGUCUCUGUGUCCUCCAGUGUCGUUAUGUAAAUGCUGUCAUAUUUGCUGCGCCGUUCACGCCAACGGAAGCAUACCUCAAGGCUAGCCCUUUUGGAAUGGCUGAUGUAGUAUACCAUGGCCCAACAACUUUCAUUCCCCUAACCUUUGACCCAUACGAAGAACCGAGAAGACUGGGUAUAUUCAAAGAGAUCGGCAAUCAUCCCUUCCAAAAUGUCAAUGCCGGGGAAAUUGUACAGCGAAUCAUGAAAGCGAGAGAGGCAUUUGAAGAACGACAAAGGAUCAAAAUGCUUAAAAGCAUUAACGAGGCAGAGGUUAAAAAGCAAGAGGAGGCUAAAUUGUCGGCACAAGGGGACCAGAAGAGCUGA